AUGGACUACAUCCCUCGCGAUCCGGGCCCAGGCUCGUCAUCAUCAAGCUUGCAGGCCAGCGUACGCGUGCGACCCGUCACGAUUCGUUUCACCGAGCCCGGGGUAUCGGAUCUGCAUCUAAAUCUCCAUUCCAUCGAGUCCUUGCGACCCAUAGCACCACGGUCUCUUGUUGACACUUCGCAACCGCAGGACCGAGACCAACAGCAGCUCAUCUUUGACUUCGAUGUAGAGGAUCAGCCCACAAACACCAACGCGCCAGCAGCGAUAUCUUCCGACGAUGAGGAUCAGCUGGUACACCAAGUGGUCGAAUCGCUGCGUAGAGACGGGCUGAUGGGCGAUGAGACGGUGCAAAUGCUCAAGGCUAAGAUGGAAAAGAGUAGGGAAGGGGUGCGUGGAAGAAGGUUGCGGUUGAUCCAUGCGGGAAGGAUUCUGAGGGAUCGGGUGAGGCUGGUGGAGUAUCUGGAGGAGAUGGACUUGAGGACGAGAGUACAGGGUAGACAGAGUCUACGACACCUUGCCUUGCCUGACGGGAGACGCGGAGAGAAAGAGGGUGUGGGCGACGCGAGCGAAGAGGAAGGGCGAGUAUCAGAGAUGGAGACGGACGACGGUUCCGCAGGCGACGAGGAAGGGGAACGUGACACAGUCCAGAAGAAGGAGAUGAGCGUCCGCGACAUGGUUGAGUGGCUGGUCGUGCAGAAUAGCGAAGUCAUCAAAGGCGAUACCGGCGCUGGUAGCUCUACUGCUCAGAACGCAGACUUCAGCAUGACCAAAGGCAAAGGCAAGAACCGCGAGCCGUCCUUCUACUCCGACUCGAUCCGGCUCACCAUCCGUACCGCACCCACCGUCUACAUCCAAUGCUCCGUCGGUGAGCUCGACACCCACACCUCCCUUGCGUCUCCUACCGAUACCCGGUCCGAUCCGCUGAUCGAUCUCGACCCCGCUUCCACCGACGCUCCCCUCGACGUGGACACAGACCCUGCCUCUCGCAAUCGCGGCUUCAACCGACUCCUCGACGCCGGCCUAACCGCAGCUGAAAUCUCCACCAUCCGCGACCAAUUUCGCACCUCGCACCCGCUCUCCACGACCUACGACCUGAUCCAAGCUCGCGAGCACGCACAACACCUCCUCGAAAUGGAAGAAUCCUGGAUGGACACCUUCUCCGCCACCACCACUACCAACAACCCGACCCUCGGCGACUUCGGCGAUCCGGCGCCAACGUCAGGAGCAUACACAACCGUGAUGCAAGGCUUGAUGGUCGGAUUCUUCCUCCCCCCGCUCAUACCUCUGUUCUGGUUUCGCGACAAACCACAUCCUUCCUCUUUACCCAACCAAGUGGCAGCGGAGGAGGAGGAUGAAGAGGAUGACGAGCAGCAGUGGGAGAUGGAACGUCUGACAGAGACGAGCCAGAGCGUGUUUGGAAGUACGAUGCAGGUCUCGAUCCUGUUCGGGCUGGUGGCCAAUUUGACCAUAGGUUUAUUCCGGUUCAUCUGGUGA